AAGGCUAAUAUUCCAGCUGCUAAUGACGAUACGACUGACGUCCCAUCACCUUGUGUCGAGGUCACCAAUGUCCCCGCCUCAAAUGACCCAGCGAACGACAGUACGCAGCUAGAACUGGCCUCGGAUAAAUUAGCGGUCGACGGCCCGGCAGCAAACGUUGCAGAUGAAAAGACAACAGCCAGUGAUCUCAUUAACUCUGCAGCCACUGAUCUCAAGGGCACGGCGGCAAACGGGAAUGAAACGUCACAUGAGACGGAGCUUUCAAACGAGCAGCAGGCAGCUGGAGCCGCAAAAGAAAACGAUUCAAACCCUAACAAGACUUUUGACAUUGCAACUAAUGAGUCCCACAGCGAUACUGAGAAUAGCAGUGUCACUGAGGGACGCUCGCUCCCCGUGUCCGGAGAGGGUAGUGGCAAUUCGUCCGGCCCUGAACACGUGUCGGUGGUAGGGAACGCCGCGGCGCACCCGUCCGGUGCCGAGCGGCCCCUCAGCGCGGCCCCUAACGAGACAUCUGAGCCGGCCGAAAUGGCUCAUUCGAGCCCGCUAGCUCCUGCAGCUGAGCACGAACCUGUCCCUGCUGAGGGCGCCAGCCCGGCGGCCGGCGCGGACCACCGUCUGGCCGGCUCGGCGCCCGUGCUGACCGGUCAGACAGACGUGGCCGACCCCUCGGACACAGCAGCACCCGGCGCAAAAUGUGACGCGUCGUCGAUCGGUGAGCCGGGCCCGUCGGCGGCGGAGGUGUCCGCCGGUGGCGCCACCAGCACCGCGGACGGCGCCACCAGCACCCCAGCUCCGGCGGCCGCCGAGGAGCAGACGGCGACCGCCGGGCCUCGGCCCGAGGGAGGGGACCCGGCGGCCGGCGGGGAGCCUUCUGCAACCGCGCUGCCGACUGAGAGCGUGACAUCGGCAGGUCCGGGGUCGGAGCCGACCCUGGAGACGGCGGCACCGCCAUCGGUGUCUGAUCGGCCACCGUCCGACUCCGGAGGUCCGGGAGAAAGCCGGCAGUCGGGCGGCGAAACCCCGGCCGCCGGACCCGACCGGCAGCCGGCCGAGGGGGCGACGGCCGCCGACACGGCGCCAAAGCAUGCCAGCAAGGCGAGAAAGUCCAAGAAGAGAAGGAAGAAGGACGCGGCCAAGAAGUCGGCCAUAUCGGCGAGUGUGGAGAACAUUGCCGAUGCUGCUGUCACGAGUGAAACGGCUGAGCCAGCCGUCCAAACAACGAAGCCGGCGAAAGGAAAGGCAAGUAUCGCAAAGGAAAAACCGGUCGAGCAAUCCUCAAAACAAACAAAACCGGAUGAGCAAAAGGCCAAGAAAACAGCGAGCACUGCUGCGCCAUCAGCAAAAAGUAAACAAAGCAAGCGAAAAACAACUGCACCUGCUCGUGGUAAGAAAUGCGGAGAUGAUAAUGCUGUGGAUGAAACAAGUGCUUCGAAAGAAAGUUCAACAUUUUCUACAGCAGAGCGAACUAAAUCCGCUUCUGAGGAGAACAGUUCAAAACAGAACAGAUUAGAGGGACCCGAGGAGCCUCUCAGUCCCACACAACAGUCCAGCACUGCUUCAAAAGACACCGCUGUCACCGCCCUCCCUACCGCAGAGUGCAUCACCAACUCGCCCUUAGAAGAGGACCCACCUCAUACGGCUUUGCCUGUGUCAAAAGGACAGGCUGAACCACCCAUUUCAGCAUCAGAGGUCGCACCUGACAUCGACAGUACCGAGUUGAAAGGCUCAGAGGACCCGGCCCGCGGCCCCCUCAGUCACAUUCCACCUAGCAAUGAGACCCCGACAGUCGGUAUCGAGAGUGGGGGUGCACCGUCUAAAGACGGCUCUGAAUCUGCUGCACCGGAAAGCGCUGAACCAAAGGGGCCACUUAGUCCUGAACCAGUUAUCGAGCCCCCUGAAUCAGCCAGCCCCGUGAUUGACAGCUCUGAACAGCUGACAGCUCCCGCAUCUUCUGAAACCGGUAAUACUGAACCGGUCAAUUUAUCAGAAACGACAGAUACGACCGAACCCAAAAUGACGGAUCUGGUUGAAUCUGGUGAGUCUGGACGUCCCGACGAAAUCGCACAAAGCACAUUUUCACAGGAUGGCCAGGCUGAAAGCAAAGCAGCGAAAGCUGAGCCGAUCGAAGUCACGACACCGGAUAAAGACGAGAUUUUGACGGAAACUAAAUUAUCCGGAGCAAGUGGGACAGACGUUGAGUUCACCGGCUCAUGUGAAAAUCAGUUGCAGCCAGAAACUAAAACACCCGUUGAAACUGAACGCCCGGCAAACACUGCAAUAGCUGAGACAAAUGAGAAGCAGAGCGAAAUCAUAAUACCUCGUGAGACAGGGCCACUGGAAGAAAAAGAUGCUUCCAGCGAGUCUGGCCAAGCAGCCGAAAUCAGCAAACCGUGCGUUGACGGCGAUGGAGUGGCCUCAGCCAGUGUUUCUGAACAGACGUCUCCAACAGAGGAAAUCAAAUUACCGUCUGAAACGAAUGUCUUUGAAGCAGUCGAGGUGUCAGCAGAAAUCGAGCCAUCGAAAGAAGCGAAUGAGGUGAUUGAAAGCAAGGCAGUUGAUGACGUGAAAGCUCCUGAUGAUGUAUGUGAGAAGGAGGAUGAGCUGGGUGAAUUCACUUCUUCAGAAACUACCAAUGACCUUGCCGAAAAAGAUGAGCCUGAAAAUUACAUGCUGGACGUUGAAGCUGAUGCAGCUCAAGAAGUCGAAGCAGAGGAGGAAGUGGGGGAAUCGGUCGAGGCGGAGACAACCAACAAAAACAAUAGGCUUAUUGAAUCGACCACAACUGAUGAUAAUGCUCCGGCACUUGGCGUCAGUACAUCCGAGGAAGACUCGAAACCAGAAGAUACCAUGCCUGCUGCCGAUAAAAGGGCAUCGACGGAACGUAAUGUUACAGCUGAACUCGGAGAUUCGAAGGACAGUAUAGCUCCAGUCGAUGAAACUAAAGGGCUAAUUGAGGACGAGACAUCCACGGAGGACAAGGCGACCGAAGAAAAUGAGCGUCCUCAACCAUCCAAAGACGAAAAUGUACCGGAAGAAGAUGAUGAAUCGGAGACAACGAAUGUGACCGUUGAACCGAACGCGUCUAGUGAAAGCAAGGUCCUCGACGAAUCCAACGUAUCGGAUGAAAUCAAAGUAGCUGAAGACCCGAAGAUACUUCAGGGCAUUUCUGUGUCCGAGGAAAGCGAGGCAUCUGAAGAAACCAAUAUAUCUGAGGACAGCAAUGAAUCCGUUGAUACAGUGGUACUUGAGGAAACCAGGAAAUCGGAAGCCUCUGCCGUUUCUGUGGACGAAAAGGAAGGCGAUAAAACAUCAGCCACUGCUGAAGUCAUCGAGCCUGAGAAUAUCGACACACCAGUCAAGUGCGAUAUAUCUCAUGAAGAAGAUGCAAUGCCCCAAAACGAACCAUCUGUUGAAAACAAAACAUAUGCCGAGACGAAAAAUUCCGAGGAGAUGGGUGUCCAAGCUGAAGCAGCAGUAUCUGCAGAAAACGAUUCAUCGGUCGAAAAUAGAAAAGAAGAGGAUGCCAAGAUCAGAGCUACAGGCAAGGACAAGAAAUCAUUAGAUGAUGCUGACCCGGCUACCUCAGUCGAUGAGGCUGCCGCAUCUGAUGAUGCGCUCAGAACUGACAUUAUUCAGGAAAUCGAAGGUUCUACCGAGACAGUCUCUUGUGAAGAUGCAGUAUCAGUAGACGUCACUGAAGAAUCCGAUGGUGCCGAUGUUCCAGAUGAUAGCAAAGUCUCUGAGGACAAGGAGUCCCAGGUUAUAAAUGAGCUGCAGACGGAAGCUGAUAAAUGUGAAGAUGCCAAGUCGGUUCUAGAUUCUAAUGCAUGUUCCGAUGAUGAAACCCCCAUUGAAACGAUUUCACCCGAGGAAUCAAAAGAGACGGUCGGUAAUGUCGAAUCUGAGAAGUCGGACCACGCUGAAGAAAUAAAGGAGGUGAUAAGCGUUCAGACUGGUAACGAAACACAAAAAGCCGCUGAAACCAGGAUGCGAGUGGAAUCUCAAGCUCCUAACGAAACAGUGGUACUCGACAAAGCUGAGUCGCCUGUUGCCGAAUUUUCAGUUGAAGCGGCUCGCGAAGAUCACGACGUGCCUGGGAAAAUGGAUGUGCUAGCAGAGGAUGAUUCGAUCGAAACCAAUACGGAUGAUUCAAAGGAGUCGAACAAAAACGACGACGAUAAAAGCACCGAGGAGUUGGUCGAAGCUAAGAAGGCCGUCGAAAUUGAGCCCUCUACGGACCAUGACGAUUCGACCGAAUGCAAAGAAACUGAGAAAACUGAGCGUUCGAUUGAAACUGAUGGAUCAGCAGCCGCCCAGGCGCCGGUGACAGCCACAUCAUCUGAAGGAGAGCCCUCUGAGGAAGUUGUUUCCAAAGAACUCACGGAAUCUGUCGAGGCCAUUACAUCAACAGAAACGAAGGAAACAUCAGAGGAAACGUCGACACCAGAGAAACCAACCUCCGAAAUUACCGCUCCAGACGCGACCGAUUCUCUGUCAUUAGACGCUGGACAUUCAGAGGACAAAAUAACCGUCGAGACGAAAGCGUCUGAAACGGACACUGCGGGUGAGGAUUCAGCACCACCACAAAUCAUGCCUGUGGUCGAAUGUGAGACUUCUGUGUCGGGAACGCACGGAGAAGUCCUUUCAGUGGAGGCCAAAGCUGCGGUGGAAUCGACAACGCCACUGGAGUCCGAGGUCCCUCUCGAAACAACGGCGAGAGCGGAAACAAAACCACCCCUGGAAACUGCUGCGCAGUCUGAAUUAGAGUCCCUGGACAAAACGGAGACGGUUUCAGAAACCAACGCAUUGGAUGGUGAAAUAUUCUCUGAAGAAGCUUCGGUUGAUGUUACGGUAACAGAAGAAGCUAAUAAGUCAACAAAUAGCGAGUCAUUGCCAGAGGCUGAAAUGCCCGUUAAAGCUUCAGCUGGCGAGGAAACUGAAGGACCAGUUGAAAACAAACCUCCGGCGGGAGCUGAGACGUCUGUCGAAGCCACGGUAACCGAGGAAACUGAAACACAAGUCGAAACGGUGUCAGUUGCAGACGUUGAACCAGCAGCUGACACUGAGGAAACGAUGGAAACUGUGAACCAAUCCGAAACUACGGUAACCGAGAAAACUGAAACGCCAGUCGAGACUGUGACAACUCCGGCUUCUGAAGCACCAGAUGAAAUUAUGGAAACGAUGGAGACUGCACAACCAUCUGAAACUGUGGAAACCGUGGAGGCUGAAACGCCAGUUGAAACUGUGAAACCAGCAGAAACUGUGGAAAUGGUAGACGCUGAAACACCGGUUGAAACUGUUGAAAAUGAGACGCCAUCUGAAAUCACAGUUCCUCCGACGUGUGCGGUGGAACCAGCGGUUUCCGUCCAAACUGAAACGCCAGUGGAAACUGCGGUUGCAGCACAACCCGAGCCGUCUGGCGAAACCAAGGCGACAUCCGAAACUGAAAAGCCAGUUGAAACUGUACUGCCAUUGGCAGCUGAAAUUUCAGUUGAAACCGCGAUACCGCUUAAAACUGAGACACCAGUUGACCCAAAUAUCUCAGCUGUAACUGAAACAACCCCUGAGGCUUUGACGUCGUCAUAUAAUGGGACCACGGUCGAAACUAUGACGACAGCCGAAACUGAAGAUGCACACGAAACCACUCAGCCUGUAGAAACUGAAAUACCGAUCGAAGCCGCCGAAUUAACGGAAACUGAUGUGUCAAUCGAAACUAUGGAACGGCUUGAGGCUGAAACACCAGCCGAACUCACGGCACCGAUUGAAUCUGAGACGUCGGUCGAGCCUGUGUCUGCGGUAGUGGAAUCUGUCCAACCCACGAUUGAAGCUGAAAGUGAGAAACCGAUUGAAAAAUCAACAGUGCCAACAGAUAGCAAAACAUCGGAAGAAAUUGCAGUAUCUACUGAAACAAAUACGACCGACACAUCUGUCGAAACCACGGUUCAAGUGGAAGCCGAGGCACCGGUCCAAAACACGGUAGAUCAGAAAACCGAGAGCCCAAUCAAACCUUCUUUGCCAGAAGAGUCCACCGUUCAGACAGAACCAGCAAUAGCUGAGCCCGACGCGAAGUCAGAAGCAGACUUAUCUCAAGCAGCAACAGCAGGUGCAACUGCGCCAACAGCUAUCACGAGUGCAUCGGAAAUUGCAGCGGCAUGUUCGCUUUCUGUGGAAGCGGAGACACCUGAUAACGUCGCACCAUCAGAAGAAAUCCCAGAGACCAUUGUCCCAUCAACUGACAAAGAUGCAUUGGUGGAAUCAAGCCCACCGGUUGAACAUGAAAUGGCUGACGAUACUUUCGUAUCAGAAGCUGCAGUUGUAGAUAAAAACAAUGCUACAACAGUGACUGAGAUGUCAACGGAGGACGGCUCUUCAGAAACAGAGACAUCAUUUAUUUCAACUGUGUCGUCAGAAACCGAAGACUCCAUAAAAACUACGAUAUCUGUGGAAGCCAACGAGGAACAAUCGCCAGUCGUUGAGAGUCAGCUGCCUGCUGAAGGCACAAUAGGGGAAGGAUCACCUGAAGACAGCACAAUGACAACUAAAGCUGCCGUGCCGACUGAAACUGAUGCUCCGUCUGUAAUCCAAACGGACACGGCCGUACCUGGAGACUCCAGUGUUUCACCCAUUAAAACCGCGGCGUCAGAUAGUACAAAGACGGAAUUGGUAACCACUGAACAGACGAAAACCGUCUCCGACACCGACGAGCUCGCGCCAGCUCAACAAGUGCCGACAGAGCUCGGCCCGACAGAUGUGACAGCAGUCAGUGGUGACGUGUCGGACGUCUGCGCACCUGUGGACUCCACCGAAACUCCGCCUGCGGACUCCGCCGGCACUCCGCCUGCGGACACCACCGACACUCCGUCUGUUGACACCGCCGACACGGCCGCCCGCUCAGGUGGGCGGGACCCAGCACCAGCUGAUUCGGUUCCCGAGCCGACGGCGGCCGGCGCGAGCGGGCCGCCGGCUCCCAGCGAGCCCAUGGUCACGCAAACCGGUCCUGACCAGACCCCUGCCGCUUCUGGCCAGGGCCCUGGCGCUCCUGAGUCAUUAGACCGCGGCCCGCAGGUCGGUAAAAAUCCGCACAAUGGAGUGGCGGGUGCGGCCGCCGCGCCGGGCGGCAUCACGCCGGAUUCUGCAGAGCAGACUCUGCUGGGCGAGGGAGGAGCGGCCGGUGCGGGCGGGGCGGCUUGCAGAGGUGACCGACCCGAGGGCGCCAGUGCCGCACCUGGCCGGGCCGCCUCUCCCCGUGCCGCGGCGGCGACGCCCGCCGGUGACUCGCCGGGCGUGAACCCGCAGCCGGACAGAGCCGGCGAGCCGAUCGGGGCCGACAGUCGGCCGGAAAACGGCGUCGAGCCCGCGCGCACGGCGGCAGCCCGCGACGCGACCGAGGCCAGCACCGGCGGCGGCGCCGCGGGCGGUGCCGGCGGCGGCGGUGGGCGGCCGGCGGCCGAGGCGGACGCGGCGGCUCGCGGCUUUGUCAGUGUGGUGGCCGUGGGUGCGGCCGGCAGUACGGUGGUGCACACGGCCGGUGCCGCUCCCGUCACUGUCACCACGGCGGCGGACGGAGAGCGGCCGGCAGCGGCCAGCGUGGCCAGCGUGGAGGUGACAGACGCGGCGGGCGGUGGCGGGAGCGGCACGGAGCCGCCGCCGCCGCCCCGUGAGCAGGAGGUGGACCUGGUGGCGCCCAGCUCGGAGGAGGUCGAAGUGGUCACCGAUGAGAAGACCAACUCAGUGCUGGUGGCCAGCGGGGCCAGAGACGACGCCGACCGGCUGUGUGAGGCUGUAGAGAGUGCAGUGCAGACGCGAGAUGAGGUGAUACACAUGAAGGUGGGCAGUGGGGCGCCGCCGGAGUCCACCUCGCGGCUGGCGGACUAUUUCGCCGGCUUGGAGACCCCAGUGCCGGCCGGAGAGCGCCGCUCGCGCACGCCGGAGGUGCGACACCGCUCCUCUCCAGAAACAGCCGCCAGUGCUGACGCCAAAGACGACUUCGAUGACGGGUUUGACUUCGGCGGUGGAGAAGGCGAGGAGUAUCCGUCCAUCGGCUACGACCACUUCGACUCUGACGAGCGCUACUCCGUGGAGGAGCACGAGUCGCUCAGCGACGCGUCUCAGGAGGAGCAGUACACCGAGGAGGACCUCCGCGGCUUCGGCCAGCCCCUGGAUUUCACCCUUAGCACCAUCCUCGAGGAAAGCUGCGAGGAGAGUGACAUGGACGAGAAGGAAGCUCGUGCCGCCGCUGCUGCCGAGAACGUGGCUUCCGCAGACCCGUCCGAGCUUGAGAAAUAUUUCUUCUUUGAGCUGGGAGCCGGUGAACUGGAGCCCCCACGCAUCGGCAACGAGGAGAGUGAGUGCAGCACUGAGUUCCUGGGGACGGAGAGCGACAUGUCCCUUUCCAUGUCGUCGCAGUUCAGUGAGAUCACGACUGACACUGACAGCACCGAGGUCGACCCGGUGGAGAAGGCCGCUGCCCGCUACCAGGGCCAUGGCAACCCGCUGUUCCGUAACGAGUCGCUGCGCUCAGUGGACUCUGAGGUACAAACGGACGGCAGUGGCAGCGUUGGCAGUGACUCGGAGGGUCAGCCGUCACCGGAGCAGCGGCGGAAGAAGGUGCCACGGGCUCGGUUCCGAGCGCAGUCUGGCGACCUGGUAGGCAGCGGGGGCGAGGCGUCCGGCCGUGAGAUCUCGGACAAGAGUGACGGCACGUCCAGUGACGAGGACCUUCCCCAGGACCCCAGUGAUGAGACCGCGUUUGAGAAGAGCGAUGGUCAGUUCGACACGAUCAAGCGUCGGAAGAAAAAGAAGGCGCCAUCGGCAGCGGCGAUAGCUGCAGCUGCUGCUGCGGCAGUGAAGGACCGUGACACAGUGUCCGAGAAAACACGCACAGCUUCGGGGGAGCUACCGACCCACCCACGCCUUCAGACAGUCGCCGUCGCCGCUGACGCAACCUCUGGGGGUGUUGCACGUGACUCCAUUCUACCUCAGCUUGAGAAGACGGGCGAAGCGCGUCAGAGUCGCGACAGCGGAUUCCUGGGCAGCUCGGACGACCUGCUGAAGGAGUCGCCGGCCGCGCGAGAAGGCACCGAAAUCCAUCAGGAGACAGCUGCAAGCCGCCCUGUCCCCGACUCUUCUGAUGAGGAGGCACUGCAAUCCAGCUCCACCACAGUCUCACAGCGCAGCACAUCAGGAGAGGAGGGGGCAACUGGGGGCCGCCGCUCGGCGACACCCAAAGCCGGGCCCUCACGCGACCGACUAACAGCCUCUCCGGCAGCCGGCUCGCCCGGACGCUCCCCAGCCUCCAAAACGCGCAACAAAGUGAUACGCAAGGACUCGUUCAACAACUGGAGUUCGGACGAGGAGACUAAUAUCCUGAUGGGCAGACUACGACAGUUCUUCCGUGCCAACAUCCUGACUCCGAGACCGGCAGCGCCCAGCGCCACCCCGGCGGCCAAGCCGGCGCAGCUGCUCUCGUUCGAGAACGAGCUGACGCGAAUGAUGAAGAGCGUCCCCGGAAUCAACGAGGCGCAGGUGCGGGAGAUUGUUGAGUACCUCAGCAGCGAGGAUACGUGGAGUGAUUCUUACGACAGCUCUGACUAUACGAGCAGCGACUUUGAGGGCGCUUACGGCACCUUCAAUCCCGGCCAACCGGACUUUAUAUCUCAAAUCCAGCAGCAGUUUUCACAUCAGAUGACGCACAAGUACAGCCCGGCGCCUCCUCCACCACCGACGGUGCCGUCGGUGGGCGCGAAGGCCAACCCUGCCGACGCUGUGGCUAUGUACGACCAGAUGCUGGGCAGUCUGCGGGGACUCUCACAGGAGGCGGCGCCGCCCCAGCCGCAACCUCCACAGCCGCCAGUGCCCGCCUCGCCGCCGAUGCUGGCCAAGGUGAUGCAGCAUGUCGGCGACCGACUGGUGGCGCUCAUGCAUGAGGUCUCGAGCGGUGGCGACUCUACCUCCCUCAGCGAUCACUCGCCGAACCUGAGUGCGCGUCUGCCGCGCUCACGCGACUUCUUUUCCGAGUCUCCGUACACGUCUAGUCCAAAGGUUCGCCGUCCGACGGCGGUGGCGGCGGCCGUCUCUAAUCCUGACCUGACUCCGGGUCACUCCCCGGGCGCGCCCCGCUCUAGCUACCACCUGCUCAAGACGGCGCCUCCGGCUGCCUCGGACGACAACAUCCUGGCCUCGCUGGAGACGGCCUCCUCACCAACUGGGCCUCGGAAGUCAGUCGGCUCAGCGGGCAGCACCGGGUCCAUCGACUUCAACCGCAUCCUGCGAGACAGCAAGCGCAAGAAGAAGAAGGAGUUUGACUCUUGUCACAACCUGGUGGAAGGUCGCAGCGAGAAGGACGUCGAGGAGGGCGAGCCGACGCUGGGCCGUGCCGAGGAUAAGUGGACGCGUCUCAGCGGAAGGGUAAAAUCUGAGGGUGACGUAAGCGUCAAGUCGUGCGGCACUGGCAGCACCCUGACCAUCGGCCGGCCGCGGAGCUCCGAGUUCUCCUCCUCCGAGCAGGUGGACUCAGACUCGACCCUGCGAGCAGCGGACAGCUACGAGAAACACCUGGGCCAGCGGACCACUCCGCGCUGGUUCAGCAGUCGCUCUAGUCUCGGAAGCAAGAACUCGCUCAACACCUCCCUCAGCAGUGAGACCAUCACGGCUCGCCCUGAGGCGUCCGACAGUGAGCCUGAGGACAAGAAGUCGCGCCGUUUCUUGUUCAACUACAAACGUCGCAGCAGUGUGCCGGACACGAGUGCCGCCGAGCCGGGUGAGGCAGAGCGUUCGACCACGCUGCCGCGUUCUACCACAGUCAGUGGCAGCACGGACGCGCUGCCGGCGCAGAGCUCGCUCUCGCUGCCGCGCAGCCGCGUCACGUCGCCCCACAAGGCGGUCCACCUGGGCGUAUCCAGCCUGGCGGCCGACUCUGUGCGCUCGGCGCGCUACCGAGCGCCCGGAUACCGCCAGGUGGGACCAACGUCACGGAGGGCGCUUCUCGGCGCCCGGAGGUCGUCUUGGUCACACAAAG